AUGGGUCAUUGUACAAGUUAAAUUUAACAUAAUAAAUCUCCUCAAAAAUAAAAUGGAAAAACUUCUUCAAUAGGAACAAUGAAGUUCAAUAGUGAAUUAUCUAAUAUUAGAUUGAAUCAUCCAUCAAAAUCAUGCUAUCUUAAAAUUGAUAUUGGUGGAUAUUAUAAAUUCGAUACUCCAAAGCACUUUGAUUUAGAAGGAAAGCAUGGUGUAAGAUUGCUAAGUUAUAAUAAUAGUGGAAGAGAUAAAUAACAUUGUAAUUAGAAGUAACUGAAAUUUAAUUGAGAGAAAAGUAUUUGCUUUUCAUACUCUAUGAAGAUGAUAAAGAACUCUCUUAAUUGCGUAUAUCUUUGUAUGAAAUAAUCUCAGGACCUCAAUUUUUUGAUUAUCAAUUAGGAAAAGGUAGAAUUUCAUUUAAUAUGAUUAUGGCAUAAAUUCUUUAACUAGAAAUAAAUCCAUAAGAUUUAAUAUGUACAAUGAACACAUGUAUUCAAGAAAAACAAUAUUUAUUCAAUCUUAGAUUAGUGACACGUAAGAUGCAAUUUCUCUCAGAAAAUUCAGAUAAAUUUAAUAAUCCUGCUUAUAUAAAAGGGAGAAGUGCAUCCUAUAAUUAUAUACAAGAUGAAUUAUUUAGAAUACAAUGGUUGAACACAGAAAUGCCACAUUUGAUUGUAGAACUGCCAAUUAAUGAGAUUUCAAAUUCUUCAUUAUAAGUAUGUAUUUGGAGUAUAAAUAAAUCAAAUGAAGAUCAUUCACCUACUAGGAAAUCUGUAAAGUCUCUCAAUUAUCAUGUAGAAGCUAUUGAUCAAGUCUUAUUCGCUGAAUCAAAUAUAGCGUUAAAUUAUUUACUUUAAAAUCAGGAGGAAUAGAUGACUGAUCAUAGUAUUCAUAGAUGUAAUAUAACAAAAGGAUUAUGGUUAAGAGGAAAUAAGAUUGGAUAAAUGCAGUCAGACUUUUCUAUUAAGAUUCCUACCCAUAUGAAAUAAUAAAUGAUUGGAUUAAGAACAGAAAAGGGAUGCACUAUUGGAACAGGUAUAUUAGCUAAUUAAAGCAUAAAGGAAAUCAAUGAAGUAGUAAGUUAAUUUGAGAAGUUGAGUUAGAUUAUGUUUAAAUUAUCUAACAAUUAAACUUCUUAAAAGUAAUAAUUAAUGGCUGAGUUGCUGAAUACAGCUUAGCAAUUACUUAUAACUGUGAGUAAGAGUGAUAAAGAUUCUUAAUUAAGACAAUUCUAUUAUAAGAGUUAUGAUGAUUUGAUGAAGGGAUAAGAAAUAUUUAUAAAAAUUGCAGAGAAUCUCUUGAAUUUUGUUGAUAAAAUAGAGGGUAACAUAAGAGAGAUAUAUUAUGAAAUAUUAUUGAUUGUUUGUAUCCGAGGUGAAUUAAGUUUAGGCUCAAUGGGAUAUUUUGAUGAUUGCAAAUAAUUAAAUAAAAAGUAAUUGAAAUUUAAGAGUUAAAUAUGUUGCCAUUUUUAAUAGUUUCUCUAUAACACUUUAAAUAUUACCUUAUAAAAGAUAUGUUUAAAAGCAAUGUCUCCAAAAGAGAAAGCAUUUGUAGAGAAAUUCCUGGCUAGUUCUUUUUUUAAAGUUCCAGAAUUUAGAGAGGCAUUUGUAAAUGCUUUACAAAAUUCGAAUGAUCCUGAAUUAUCAGAAUGGCGUGGAACUGAUUAUUAAUUAGAUGAACCAGAGAAUUUUAGAACUGAAUAAAUUACUGUAUUAUUUGAUUGGUAAAGUUACUUUUAUAAUUAUUUACCUUCAAAUUUAAAUAUUAAUGCAGUUACAUUAACAUCAGAUGAAGAAUGGCGUAGAAUUAUUUCUAAAAGAAACACAACAUUUUUUUUCUUUGUUUAAGCUUUAUGUUUACAUAUACAAUAAAAAAUUUAAAAAGAUAUAAUUCCUUGGAAAGAUAUUCCUGGAUAUAGAAAAAUUUUGAAAGGUCUUUUAUGUGAAUUAAAAAUAAGAGAAUCAUAUCCUGAUGCAAUGAUUAAUGCAAUCACAUAAGUUGUUACUAAUGGAGGACCUUUAAAUGUCAUAAUUAUGAUUUUGUAUAAUAAAACUAAGUAAUUUAUGUAUUUUUAUUUAUUUAAAGCAUUUAUUCAAGUGAUAGAGUUGUUUAAGUGAUGGAUUUAAUUAGCUAAUGUAUUUAAUAAUGUCAAACAAUUCCAACAAAUUUUGAUUACUCUUUCUUUUUAAAUGGAUUGAGAAUUGCAGUAACUUAAUGUUAGAAUGCAUUUGUUAUUGCAAAGAGUCUACAUUUAAUUUACAAUAAUUAUUUAGUAUUUCCAUUAGAAUUUAAAAAAGCUAUUGUUGACUUUUUAUUUGAAGCUUAAUGUUAUGAAUUAUUUUUACAUUGGUCUAAGACUGUUAGAAGUGUUUAUAUUAGUUUACUAAUUUAUCGAAUUUAUCAUUUACAUCGAAAUAAUAAAAUUUAAAUUACUGAUGAAAAUUAAUUUGAUAAAUAAUAUUUCUAAAUAACAAAACCAAAGAGAUUGUAAAGUUAUUAUGAAAAUAGAAAAGAGGAAACUUAAUUGAUGGUAACUCAUUUAUUAUUUUUAGUUAGAGUGAUUAUAUUUAUUUGAAAUAUUCACGAUUUAUGAUGAAUAUUGAAUCAGCUAAAGCUAAAUUUAUAAGUAAAUAUUCUAUAAAAGAAUUACCGUUGAUUUAAAGGAUGAAAAUGAAAUUAGAAUAAAAACUAAAAUAAGAAGGUUCAAUAAAAGAUUUAGCUAUUUGUGAAGAAUAAGUUAAAACAUCAAAUAUGGACAUAGAUAAAAAAAUAAUUUAUGAAAGAAAAAUAGAAUUUAGAAAUCCAAAUAAAAAAAAAACAAUAAUUUUAAAUGAAAAUCAUAUAAGAUAUUUAUCUGCUGCUUUAAGUGAAUAUAAUGAAAUGUAGAAACAAUAUACUAAAUGGAGAUAAUAAAAUAUAGCUUCUGUUUAAGCAUCAAUAUAGGGAAUGACAGAUGAAGAAAAAGCAGCAAAGCUUACAUAAUUUCCAGUUCCACAAAUUAAACUAAUGUAAACUUAUGAUAUGAAAGAAGGCAAACAGGAAUAAUGA